AUGGCUCAGACAAGAGUGUUGGUCUUCUUUCUUGUUCUCCUUGGUUCCUUGGCGUCCCAGGCCCAGUGGGCAGGCACAGUGGAGGAAGGCUCCUGUUCGAGGGUUCAUAACGACCAGAACAUCACGGUGUUAGCUCUGCCGGGACCGCAAGGACACAAGGGCGCUAUGGGGGAUAGAGGUCACCCCGGCUCGGCAGGUGUUCAGGGUGCGUCAGGUGGCCCAGGUGAGCCAGGCCCAGUCGGACCGGCAGGUGAGGUGGGGAAGAGAGGCGCGCGCGGCCCCGCAGGUGAGAAGGGAACACCUGGCGACGACGCACCUGCCCGUACAGUGGUGGCGUUCUCCGUGGCGCGAACGGACGGCUUGGCGACGUCGGCGUCAUCCAGCAAGGUGGUGCCGUACAACGUGGUGCUGACGAACGUGGGAGGGGGGUUCGACAAGGGGUCAUCCAAGUUCACGGCCGGGGUCGGCGGCGUGUACUUCUUCACGUUCAACGGCGUGACGCGGUUCCUUAGCAACGCGAGCUACCUGCUGCGGCUGGUUCGGGACGGGCAGCUGGUGGUCGGGCUGACGGAAGACAGCGGGCCCUUCCAGGAGCACCAGGCCAGCAGCAACAGCGCCAUCGUGCGGCUGCAGGCGGGACAGCAGGUCUGGGUGGAGCUGGCGGAGGGAGGACACAGUCUGUUCAGUAGCUUCCAUCGGCACCUUGCGUUUAGCGGCUUCCUCAUUACACCAGACAUGCAGCAGUAACAGCGCCACCAGGCGGACACAGUCUGUUCAGCAGCUUCCAUCGGCACAUCACUUUUAAGAGUUUCUCAUCAGCGCAAACAUGCAGCUCUAAAAUCGCCACUAUGCAGAAAGUAGCUUCCACUGAAAUCUCAUGUUUAACGGCUUUUUCAUUACCGCAGACUGAUAGCAUUAACUGCCUCCGUGCGGUCAAAGUUUGUACUGCAGGUACCUUAGUAACAGUACCAUCAUGCGGACUCAGAAUGUGCUACAGCUUCCACCGACAUUUCAAGUUAAACAGCUUUAUCAUAGCACAGACUGAUAAUUUGUUAGUAAGACUAAGUAUCGACGCAGAAUUCAU